CGGUGUAUUUUAUUGACGACUUUUAUAUAAAAUGUGAGCUUUCGGGACUACUUGGUACGCUAAGACUGCUGCCACCUAGUGACGAAUACUGAGAAUGACACUGUUUUAUACCAACAGGGACAUCUAUAUUGAGGGAGCUACAGAUGCAGAGGAAGUGCCUUCUUAUUGGCUAACUGACUAGGGAGACUGCCAUAAUUAUUUUUAAAUUUUCCCUUUAAUAAAAUCACCAAUUCCUCUUUUUACGAAGGAAGGAAAACUCCAAACACUGCUGUUUCUACUUUAGUGCGCAGCACUGGGGAACAAACUUGAUUACUGGAAUCGGGCGAGAGGAGGUUUAGUGGUGUUCCGAGGAGUUGGGCAGGGUGUUAGUAUCCUAUCAAACGGCCACUUCUGGGAUGUCGAACACAUCAGGAAACAUCACCUUUUGCCGCCCCUACACUCUCCACAUAUUCAUCCCAGUCUUCCUCAGCUUCAUUUUCUCCAUUGGUUUACUAAUGAACUGCAUCAGCCUGUGGAUCUUCUGGUUCCGGAUCAAGCAAUGGAAUCCCUCCAUUAUCUUGCAGUUCAACUUAGCCAUUUCCGAUGCCAUCAUUGCCCCGGCGGCUCCAAUGCUUAUUAUAUACUCAUUCACCGACCACUGGAGUUUCGGGAUUCUCGCCUGCCAAUACACCGUUUUCUCACUCAGCACCAACAUGUAUGGAGGAGUCUACUUUCUCACUCUCAUUGCUCUUCAUCGAUACUUCACCAUCGUUCAUAAUGUGAAAUGGAAUCUUCUGGCCAAAAAAUCCUUCAUCAUCAAACUCUGCCUCGUUGUCUGGGGCCUCCUCUUCCUCCAGGGGUUGCCAUUUUUCUUCUUAUUAAGAACAUCUGAUAUUGACAGGGCCACAAAAUGUCUCAGUAUUCACCAGACGGAACACGCUCUAUUAUUUUUUAUAUGGAACUGGGUGGCAGUUAUAUUUGGGCUGUUGGUUCCAUUUGUCAUAACUGUCUUGUGCUACAGCCUCUUAAGUAAACACAUUCUCAAAGCAAUCCCUAUGAACCCUCAGAGCCAAACCAUGAUCUCCAAAUCUCUUCUGACCAUAGGGGUUUCCCUGACCAUAUUCAUUAUCUGUUACAUUCCUGUCCACAUCACCAGAACCACUGGAAUCUCUGUUAAGUUCCUUAGCCCUGAGUCCUGUUCUCUCCUGGUCAACAUUGAGGCUGUCUAUUACUUUAGCUGGAUGCUCUCGGCUGCCAAUUGCUGUAUAGACCCUGUUUUGUACUGCUUUGCUUCAGAGAGAUUUCAGAAAGUCUUUAUGAACUGGUCCAACUGUCUGUAUCACUUUAUUGAGAGACGUAGAGGGAUCAGUGCACAAGUAAGAGCAACAGCUUCAGAUGGACCUCCCAUCCAGCCUAUCCCCACAGACAUAACAGUUACCAAUACCCCUGGGCUCUAGAACUGAGCAGCCCCUUGGAAACACAUCCGGCUAUGGACAUCACAAGCCAUGGAGACUUCACUUUGUAUAGAAAGAACAGAUAGCAAAUCACCCAUCAGUAA